AAUGAUCAUGCAACGGGUUGCCUCCCCAGAACUAAUAAAAUUACUUUUUGGGAAUUUGGACGAAUUGCUUCAAGUACAUUCCGAAAUGAAUUCAAAAAUGAGGGCGGCUGUUGAAAAUUGGCAGCGUUUUGGGGUGGGGAAUGGAGGAGGGGGACUUUAUGGUGAUAUUGGAGAAUUAAUUGUUAAUUUAUUUGAUGGGGCUAUUGGUGAAAAAUUGAUGCAUAAUACUGCCUUAUUUUGUCGAAAUCAGCAACAUGCACUUGACACUUUAAGGCAAAGGUACAGUAAGGCAAAAGACGACCCCUUCUCUCAAUUCCUCUCUGAGGCAGAAAACAACCCUCUUUGCCGCAAACUUCAAUUAAAGGACAUGAUUCCGGUAGUAGAAUAA